AGUCGCUCAUCCUUCACCAGCAGGAGACCAUGUUGACAAUCACCAAUAUUACUUGGCUGGACCUACUAUGCCUUACCGGUGUUACAGCCGGAGUCUAUCUGGUAAAGCAGGUAGUCAUCAAAAAGAAUCCUGCACCUUAUCCACCUGGUCCCCGGAGGUGGCCUCUCAUUGGCAAUAUUUUAGAUAUGCCUCGCAUCAAGCCCUGGGUCACAUUCACUGAGUGGGGUCAGAAAUAUGGUGAUAUCACGCAUAUCGAGAUUCUGGGUCAGCACAUCAUUGUGCUAAACUCUGUCAAGACUGCAAUGGAUAUGAUGGACAGUAAAAGUACUGUUUACUCUGACCGUCCUGUUAUUCCUAUGACCGGCGAACUCGUUGGCUGGAAGACCUCUUUGCCUUUACAGCCUUAUGGUGAUCGUUUCCGCAUGUUCCGCAGACACUUCCAUAAAGUCAUGGGUACCUGCGCCGCAGUGGACAUAUACAACGUGAUCAAGGAGGUCGAGACUCAUCGAUUCCUGAAGCGUGUGCUUGCGAAACCCGACCAACUGCAGGAACAUGUCCGACGCACCGUUGGCGCUGUCAUUCUGCGCAUCUCUCAUGGUUAUGAAGUUCAAAAGAACAAUGAUCCCUUCGUCAACCUUGCAAAUCGCGUUACAACCCAAGCCUCGCAGGGAUCGGCUCCUGGUGCCUUUAUGGUCGAUAUUUUACCAUUCUUGGCAAAGGUCCCCGCGUGGUUCCCCGGUGCUGGCUUCAAGCGCAUAGCACAUGAAUGGCGCGGGACCCUCGAAGAGAUGGUCUCUGCACCCCACAAGUUCGUCAAGGACCAGAUGGUUGCUGGCAUCGCCCCCGUGUCUUUUACCUCGAACCUCUUGGAAGGCAGUGAUGUGUCUGCGGAAGAGGAACAUGUCGUGAAAUGGUCUGCUUUGUCCCUAUGCGCCAGCGGUACUGACACGACUGUUUCUGCAAUAUACUCGCUUUUUCUAGCUAUGACACUUUUCCCUGAUGUGCAGAAGAAAGCUCAGGCUGAAAUAGAUGCAGUUGUCGGUCCUGACCGUUUUCCCACCUUUGCUGACCGCGACUCUCUCCCCUAUACUGACGCCCUUGUCAAAGAAAUCCUUCGUUGGCACGUUGUCGCUCCUACAGGUUUCCCCCACCGUGUAACUGAAGACGAUAUCCAUGACGGGUACUAUAUUCCAAAAGGCUCCAUAGUCUUACCUAACAUUUGGUUCAUGCUCAACGAUCCACGGACAUAUGCUAACCCCUCACAAUUCAAUCCUGAACGCUUCUUGGCUAAGGAUGGAAAGAAACCCGAGACGGAGCCUCGCACAGCCUGCUUCGGAUUCGGUAGACGUAUUUGUCCAGGUCUCCACCUCGCCGAUGCCUUCAUCUGGAUAUCUACUGUAAUGUCACUGGCCGUGUUUGACAUUUCAAAGGUUGUCGAGCAUGGCGUUGAGAUUACACCUGAAGUCGAUCCAUCAUCAGGUACAUCCAGCCACCCUAAACCCUUCAAGUGUUCUAUCAAGCCUCGUUCUGCAAUUGCCCUCGAACUCAUUGAGCAAGAUGCUAAACUAAGUGCAUGA